UUGGUAGAAAAUUCAAAAUUCAAUAUAUCAGCCGGUUGAAGCGCUGGUAGCCACUCAAGGGCGGUAUAAGAAAGGGAGUGUUAUAAAACUACUACUUGCCCUCUAGAAUUCCCAAGUAAUCUCGGAAAAUGUCUUCUAGUACAUCUGAAGAGGAAAGCAUAGAAUUUCUAAGACCUUAUUUUACUAACCUAAAGCUCGUUGGGAUCGGUGGAAGUGGCGCGGUCUACUCAGCGAUUGAUGUUAAAACGGACAAACGAGUGGCUUUGAAAAGGGCGAAUCUACUGGACCAACUUAGUUGUAAAGGAGCAUUACGGCAGAUAUCUGUCUACAAAAGACUACAGCAUGAAAAUAUAGUUUCUUUAGAAAAAGUUGUUGGACCUGACGGACAAACGCUGGACAGCUCAACUAAUUUUAAGGAAUUUCAAUAUGUAUUCCUCGUCCAAGAACUCGUUGACGCGGACUUGCACAGAAUUCUUCAAAGCAAUAAAACUAUGUCUGAAGACUACAUUAAACUAUUUAUAUAUCAGCUACUUCGUGGGUUGAAAUAUGUACAUUCUGCUAACGUUAUUCACAGGGACAUCAAGCCUAGUAAUAUUCUAGUGGACACAGAAACGCUUCUUUUGAAAAUCGGGGACUUUGGACUGACACGAGUUGUAGACCCAGACUACGAACACAAAGGUUUUUUAACUCAUUGUCCUUCUACUCUAUGGUACAGAGCUCCUGAGUUAAUUCUUGAGCCUGAUUCUUAUUCUAAUGCCAUGGACAUUUGGGGAGUUGGUUGCGUUUUUGCCGAGCUCUUACUGGGCAAACCCCUCUUCGAAGGAAGACACGAAAUUGAACAAGUUCAAAUGAUUCUCGAUACUGUGGGGACAGACGACAAAGAAUUCUUUAAAAUCAAUUCUGAUGCUCCUGAAGAGCUACUCAAGUCCAUUACUGAAGGACCAAAUUCAUCUCUAGCGAGUAAACUUCCAGAUUUGGACGCCAAAGCUCUUGAUCUACUAGAAAAAAUGCUCAAGUUUUCCCCCAAGAAUCGUAUAACAGCAGAGGAAGCUCUAGCACAUCCUUAUCUACAAUCUUACUCCCUGCCUUCUGAUGAACCAAUAUCUCUACAGCCUUUGAACAUUGAGGAUGAAGUUGACGACUUUCCUGAAGACAUUCUUAAGGAUAUGUUAUAUUCUGAAUGUGUUUCUUGGCAAAACUCUGACGAGCCAAAGCUAAAGGAUAGUAUAUCAGAAACUGAAGACAGCAGUGAACAUGAUAUUUUGUCCUUGAAAGAUAUCAUGAACGACAAUGAAGAACCUGUCAUAGUUGAUCACAUCAUUAGUGGGAGUGCUUGUGAGAUGAACAUUAGUUCCUUCAAACUUCAUCCUGAGUUGAGUGAAUCAUUUGGAGUUCAGAAUACCAAAGAGGCAAGAGAUACUCUGGCUGCAGCGAUGAAGGUGUCCAUGACACUUGAUGAAGAUACAAGUAACAGAGCUGACACAGAUGAAGCAAAAAACUUCAAAUCCCAGCAGAAAGCUGGGAUUACACAAGUCGUGGAAACUUUUCUUGGUAGAGAAUAUCAAAUGAAUUUAGGAUUUUCAUGUAAAAAGACAAAUGCAAUCACUGGCCCAUUUGGCCUGUGUUACUUAUGACAAAACAAAAUAUAAGAAUUGAGAAUUUCAUAUAAUAUCCAAAUCCAGACAUUGGGAUUUAGAUGGAACUUAUCUGCCAUUGACUUUUUAAACAGAUCUUUUUUAUCAUAUAUAUUUAUUUGUUACAAGCAUCCUAGGUUUAUUCAAGUGAAAAAAAAAUUUAUUUUAAAGAAUUAUAAUUUUUUUAAUAGGUCGUUUAAAACAUUAUUCUUUUCUCACAAACUCCAUGGGAAAAAUUAUAUAUAUAUAUGUACUAUAAUAGACAACAAUAUAAAAUAUUAAAGAUGUUAACUGUAUUUCUUCAGCUUCAGCAAAUUUUGAAUCCCACGUGGAUCUUGGAAUUGCUUCYGAGAAAAAUGUGCUUUUGAAAUACAGUUCACGUCUUUAAAUGACUUUCCAAGCAAAAAAUGUAUUCACAAGUAAACAUAUGGAAAAAUGUUUUCUGCUCUAUUGAAAAGCUGUUAUUAAUAUUAUUCUUAAUCUUGUUAUUAUGCUACAAUCAAAAUG